UCUCACAGUCUCUCUCUUGUCUACAAGACAAGACAAGACAAGACAACCCACCCAUUCCAUUCUCAGAGUCAGGGAUCUGUAUCAUGCAACUACUUUAUGUGCAGCUUGGCCAACAUUUUAAUCAUUAUCAAAUCCACACAGUAAAUGAUUAAAGAAACCAUCAUUACUCAUUUUUAAGGGGAUAUAAAAAAUAUAUUGUAGCCCCUAUAAUAAAUAAAUGUCCAGGGUUUUCAAUGUUCUUAUGUAGGUUAUGAUAUUCCAUAGGUAAAUAAAUCGGUCUGUCAUCGUAGUACUUGCGCGGGAUUGGUUUUUGAAUAUCCAACGGCUCAGUUGUCUUUGGCUCCGCCCUGUUGUACCUGUCCUUCUGUGAGAGGCUGUCUGUGUUUCCUGUUGUUCCGCCCAUUCCCUCCCAUCAGCAAUCAGUCCGAUUGAGUUUUGCAAGAGCGUGCGGAAUACAAUGGUGGUUGUCACUGACGAAUGUGAAUAAAAAGCCGGUGGACUUACAGCGAAGAUAAGGAGAGAAAACCACGUCAAAAACAUAAGGAGCUAAACGGGAGUAAAGGGGGAUAGGGGAGCGUGCUCUUUCAAACCCCACUGACGCCGCAAACCACGCAGAAUAUGGCGGAGCACCACACAGCCACUGACAGCAAGCACAAAGCGUCCUUGAAUGCCGGGGGCUCGCUGCAUGGUAACAGCCGACCCAACGCCGCGGGUGGAGGAGGGGGCAAAGGAGGCCUCUCUGGCGGACUGGCACAGCCAGCAGGGUGGCAGUCCUUACUCUCUUUUACCAUUCUUUUUCUGGCCUGGUUGGCAGGCUUCAGUUCUAGACUUUUUGCAGUGAUCCGGUUCGAGAGCAUCAUCCACGAGUUUGAUCCAUGGUUCAACUACAGGUCGACACAUCACCUGACCACAAAUGGGUUUUACGAGUUCCUCAACUGGUUCGACGAGAGGUCGUGGUACCCCUUGGGAAGGAUCGUGGGGGGCACAGUAUAUCCAGGUUUGAUGGUCACCGCAGGUCUUAUCCACUACGUGCUGAACCUGCUGCACUUGACAGUGCAUAUCAGGGACGUCUGCGUCUUCCUGGCUCCCGUCUUCAGCGGCCUGACUUCCAUCUCCACCUUCCUGCUGACGCGGGAGCUGUGGAACCAGGGGGCGGGGCUUCUGGCUGCCUGUUUUAUCGCUAUUGUGCCCGGGUACAUCUCCCGCUCGGUGGCUGGCUCCUUUGACAACGAGGGCAUCGCCAUCUUCGCCCUGCAGUUCACUUACUACCUAUGGGUGAAGUCGAUCAAGACCGGUUCGGUGUUCUGGUCCAUUGGCUGCUGCCUCUCCUACUUCUACAUGGUGUCAGCAUGGGGAGGAUAUGUCUUCAUCAUCAACCUGAUCCCUCUGCAUGUGUUUGUGCUGCUGCUCAUGCAGCGCUACAGCAGGAGGGUCUAUAUCGCUUACAGCACUUUCUACAUCAUGGGCCUGGUGCUGUCCAUGCAGAUCCCGUUUGUGGGCUUCCAGCCAAUCAGAACCAGCGAGCACAUGGCGGCAGCAGGUGUGUUUGCGCUGCUCCAGGCAUAUGCAUUGCUGCAGUACCUGAAGGACAGGCUCACCAAGCAGGAGUUCCAGACCUUGUUCUUCCUGGGGGUGUCGCUAGCUGCUGGGGUGGUGUUCCUCACCGUCAUCUAUCUCACCUACACUGGUUACAUCGCUCCGUGGAGUGGGCGGUUCUACUCGCUGUGGGACACCGGCUACGCUAAGAUCCAUAUCCCCAUCAUCGCGUCGGUGUCGGAGCACCAGCCCACCACCUGGGUGUCGUUCUUUUUCGACCUCCACAUCCUGGUCUGCACCUUCCCAGCAGGCCUCUGGUUCUGCAUCAAGAAUGUAAACGACGAGCGUGUCUUCGUGGCUCUCUAUGCCAUCAGCGCGGUCUACUUUGCCGGGGUGAUGGUGCGCCUGAUGCUGACCUUGACGCCGGUGGUUUGCAUGCUGUCGGCCAUCGCCUUUUCCAGCGUGUUCGAGCACUACCUGGGGGACGACAUGAAGAGGGAGAACCCUCCCAUAGAGGACAGCAGCGACGAGGACGACAAAAGGAGCUCAGGGAACCUCUAUGACAAGGCAGGAAAGGUGCGCAAGCAUGUGUCUGAGCAGGAGAAGGCAGAGGAGGGGCUGGGCCCUAACAUCAAGAGCAUAGUGACCAUGCUGAUGUUGAUGCUGCUCAUGAUGUUCGCAGUCCACUGCACAUGGGUCACCAGCAACGCCUACUCCAGUCCUAGUGUGGUGCUGGCCUCCUACAACAACGAUGGGACGAGGAACAUCCUGGAUGACUUCAGGGAGGCCUACUAUUGGCUGAGGCAGAACACAGACGAGCACGCGAGGGUUAUGUCUUGGUGGGAUUAUGGCUACCAGAUAGCAGGCAUGGCUAAUCGAACCACGCUAGUCGACAACAACACAUGGAAUAACAGUCAUAUAGCACUGGUGGGGAAAGCCAUGUCGUCCAAUGAGAGUGCAGCGUACGAGAUCAUGAGGAGUCUGGAUGUGGACUACGUGCUGAUCAUCUUCGGGGGCGUGAUUGGUUACUCAGGCGACGACAUCAACAAGUUCCUGUGGAUGGUCAGGAUAGCGGAGGGAGAGCAUCCCAAGGACAUUCGGGAGAGUGACUACUUCACCCCUCAGGGAGAGUUCCGCGUGGACAAGGCCGGCUCGCCCGUCCUGCUCAACUGCCUCAUGUACAAGAUGUCCUACUACCGCUUUGGCGAGAUGCAGCUGGACUUCCGGACACCGCCUGGGUUUGACCGCACCCGCAACGCUGAGAUCGGCAACAAGGACAUCAAGUUCAAGCACCUGGAGGAGGCGUUCACCUCGGAGCACUGGCUGGUGCGCAUCUACAAGGUGAAGAAGCUGGAGAACAGGGAGCCGCUGGAGCACAAGCUCCGCAGCAUCGUGCCCAGGCAGAAGUACACCUCCAAAAAGCCACCAAAAGGAAAUGUUCAUAAAAUACUGCUAAGAGGAAGCGAGGACACAUCAGGAAUAAGCUGGUCCUGAAGAAAGGCAAGAAACUAAACAAGUAAUAAUGAAGACGGACAACAUAAAAAAACAUA